AGUCACUGUGUGUGUGUGUGUGUGUGUGUGUGUGUGUGUGUGUGUGUGUGUGUGAGCAGGGUGCGGCUCGACACUUGAAGCUGUGCCGGGUCGUCUCAGAUUCUCAGAGUCAGUGUGAGUCUGCAGCUCUCAGGUGAACUCAGAACUCGUCCACCACACCUCUCACGUCUCCUCCUGCUGCAUCCAACGUCUCAGAGAAGCGACAUGGACUUGUCAGACGCUCUUGGCGACGGUUGGCUCGCUGGUGGCAACAACCAAUCAGGAGGGGCCGGUGGCUGGCCAGGUCAGCCUUCCAACCCCACCUGGCCUGGAGGACAACCUGCUAACCCCACCUGGCCUGGAGGUCAGCCUACCAACCCCACCUGGCCGGGAGGCCAACCUGCUAACCCCACCUGGCCGGGAGGCCAACCUGCUAACCCCACCUGGCCUGGAGGUCAGCCUGGAGUUCAACCCACAUGGCCCGCCCAACCCAGCCAGCCCAGUCAACCUGGCCAUCCGGGUCAGCCCAGUGCACCAGGAUGGCCCAGUCCUUCCACAGGACCUCAAACUGCCCCCCAACAAAGUCUGACAAUUCCGUUCAAUCAAUCUCUGCCCAAUGGAGUUUAUGACAAACUGCUCAUCACCAUCGGUGGAACCAUCAAGCCCAACGCUAAGAAGAUCACAAUGGAUAUUUGCAAAGCCGGUGACAUCGCCUUCCACUUCAACCCUCGCUUCGACGAGGACCACAAGAAGGUGAUCGUCUGCAACAGCUGCAUCGGCAACAAGUGGGGAAGAGAGGAGAGGUCGAGUAACUUCCCCUUUGUGCCAGGACAGCCGUUUGAGAUGACGGUCCUCUGCACCAACAAUGGAUUUAAGGUGGCCGUUAACAACUCUCACCUGCUGGAGUUCCAACACCGGAUCACGGACCUGAGAUCCAUCAACAGCAUCAAAAUGUACUACGACUUGUCCCUGUCCAGGGUCACCAUGGAGACUCUGCCCUGAGGCAGAUCCACCACAAGAUAAGGGGCUGUGGGUUCAAAAUUAUAUCAUUGUAGAAGAUCGUUAGUAGAUCUUCAGUGGAUCCAAACGAUAUCCUGAUUUGAUCUGUCGAGGUUUUUUAGUAAGUUUAGAAUAAAAUGUUAAACAUCCUCAAUGGAUCCUUCAAGAUUUCUUUUGUUUGACUCAUUUUAAUAAAGGUUUCAUCUUAAAUAUU